AUGGUAUUACCAAUUCUACUAUAUACAUGUGUUAACGAUGAACCAAUUGUACCAUUGAUCGGACAACUUCUACAAAUUCGUCGAUAUCGAAAAUUCGAUUCACCUAUGAGUUAUCAUCAAAAAUUAAUUCAAAAACAUGGAAAUAUGGAUCAAUCAAUUGAUCUGCCGAUUCUUUUCAAUACUGUUACACUUUCAAUAAUUAUAUUGACAGCAUUUGGUUCAGAUUUUGAAACAGAUGUUAAUGUUAAAUAUGUUAUGAGACAAGUAUUUGCUGACGUAUUUGAUGCUAUUCUAUAUCGUUCAAUGUAUAUAAUCAAUUUAUUACCACUUCUCCCAAAAUUACCGUUUUGGAAAAAGAAGGUUAUUGAUAAUGGAACUCGAAUGAUAACUGAAUCCAUCUAUGAUAUAUUUCAUGCGCAAGGAAUUAAUGGUGAACCAUUUGUGCCUCUAAUUGGUCAACUUCGUGAAAUACGUCGAUAUCGACAAGCUGGCGGACUUAUAGCUUAUCUUGAAAGUUUAGCACAAAAACAUGGAAAUAUGUUCUUAUUUAAUUUUGGUCCAUUAACACGUCUCGUUGUUGCUGAACCUGAUUUACUUGCCGAUAUGUUUAGUCGAAACAAUGUACAAAAUUAUAUUAAACCACCUAUGUUUAGUACGGUGUUUAUACCAAUUAUUGGUAAACAAAAUUUAUUAGUAGCUGAAGGUUAUGAACAUGACCGAGCAAGACAUAUGAUUAAUCCUGCUUUUUAUCAUACAAAUCUUAAAUCAAUGAUUUUAAUUAUGACUGAUCAAACUGCUAAAUCAAUGCAAAGACUUUUUCAAACAUCAACUCUUGAUCAGCAAGAACAAAUAUCAAUUGAUCUACAAAAUCACUUUAGUGCACUUACAUUAUCUAUAAUAGCAUCAAGUGCAUUUGGCUCCGGUUUUGAAACAAUUACAAAUGCUCAAGAGAUUAUUCGUCAAACAUUUGGUGCAGUACUUGAAGCUAUUUUGUAUCGUUCAUUACAAAUGAUUAAUCAAAUACCUUUUAUAUCAAAACUUCCUUUCUGGAAGAAAAGUAUUGUUGAUAAUGGAGGUCGAAUGAUAGGUGAAUUAGUUGAUAAAAUAAUUACUGAUCGACGACAAGGACAUUCAAGUAGUCUAUCUAAUGGUCCUGAUCUACUCGAUUUACUUCUUUCAGCUGUUGAUAAUGAAGGCAAACCAUUUACUGAUCAACAAAUCAAAGAACAAGCUCUUACCUUUGUCUUAGCUGGUAGUGAAACGACAGCUAAUCUGAUGACAUGGAUAUUUUAUGUUUUAAUGACUCAUGAUGAUGUUUUUGAAGCUUGUCGAGAAGAAGUCGACAGAGUUUUACCUAAUGGUAUAGAACCUACGAAUGAAAAUAUUUCAGAUUUAGUCAUAUGUGAAGCUAUAAUAAAUGAAACACUUCGUCUUUAUCCACCAGCUCCGAUCUUUACCCGUUAUUGCAUACGUGAACAUACAAUCGGUAGUGAACAUAAAAUUUGUAUACCUGUGGGUGGAACAAUAAUUGUAAAUAACUAUAUUCUUCAUCGUCGAAAUGAUUUAUGGUCUCGAUCUGAUCAGUUUGACUAUACACGUUGGAUGCGUGAUCCUAAAACAGGUUUGAAACCAAAACUACCUCAUCCAUUUGCUUAUUUACCAUUUGCUAUUGGUCCACGAAACUGUAUUGGACAAAAUUUUGCUUUAUUAGAAGCGAAAAUUAUCUUAGUUAUGUUUAUUCAACGAUGUAAUUUUGAAAUAAUACCAGGACAAAAAAUUGUACCGGAUUUUACACUUACGAUGCGAGCAAAAUAUGGUCUUUUAGCAAAAAUUAGCAGGCGACACAUAAGUAUGAACUUAUAA